UCUGGUGUACACACACACACACACACACACACACGCACCUGCUUGGAGAAAGGAAAACAUUAUAAACUCUCGGACAGCGCCGGACUCUCGUUAUCAUACUAAGCUCCAAGAGGAUAACGAGACAUACUCCUUUGGCAAGACAUAAUUAAAUCAGCAUAAAAUGAAGAUUCUUGUUUUCUUGCCAGUAUUUUUGCUGUUAAUACAGAUUAUUCCUGUUGCUCCUGUCACAGUCACCACCUCCAGCCCCAUAGUAAAAGUGGAGGAAUAUUCAGAGGCCAGGCUUUCUUGUGAGUUUAAGACAGAGAAAGACCAGAAUCCUCGCAUCGAGUGGAAGAAAAAGGAUACGGACACGUCCUUUGUGUACUUUAAUAACAACUUCACAGGACCUUUUAUGGGACGUGCAAAGAUUGAAGGGGCAACAAUAACAUUACAGAAAGUGAUGCUGAAAGAUGCUGGAGAAUAUCGCUGUGAGGUCAGCGCUUCUCUUGACUUAGUCCAGCUGGGAGAGACCAAUGUCACUCUAAAAGUGUUGGUCCCUCCACACACGCCGUCCUGUGACAUCCCGAGUUCUGCACUGACCGGAUCUGGAGUGGUGCUGCGCUGUAGGGACAAGUACAGUAUUCCUCCAGCAAGCUACACCUGGUACAAAGACAAGAAGCCUGUCUUUCAACCGCGUCAUGCCAAUGCCACUUACUCUGUCAACGAGAAGACAGGCAUUCUUCAAUUUCAUACAGUUAGCAUAGCUGACGCAGGACUGUACCACUGUGAGGCCAACAAUGGGGUUGGAAAGUCAAAGAGUUGUGAAGGAAAUCACAUGAGGAUCGAUGAUCUAAAUGUUCCAGGGAUCGUGGCCGGGAUUGUAAUUUUAUGCCUUGUCAUAUCUUUAUGCAUUCUUGGGGUCUGUUAUGCUCACCGACAAGGCUACUUUAACCGACACAGAGGAAGGUCAUUCUGGAUCCAACAGUGUCAUGGAGUGGCUCACAUCAGCAGCCAGAACCUCAACAGAUCAGAGGACAUCCCUCAUGCUGGUUACGGACCUCCUUCACAGAAUGUUCAGGAUUUCAAACACACGCAGUCAUUCAUGCUGUAAGAAACUUCCUCAAAGAGACCAUGCAGACCCUGGACCCUGGAAGUGGAGACUGGUGUUUAUUUCUGACCGAUACUGUGGAUGUGAUCGGGACAGAGAACCAGCCUUUAAUUUCUCUCAUGUACGACUGUAAUGGGGAUCAAUCUGUCCCCUAAAAAGACUUGGCUCAACUCAAUCACUGAAUCUGUAUCAAGCCCACUGCCCUCUACUGUUCAUUACCCACUGCUGCCCCCUGGUGGACACAGUAUGCACACAAACAUAAUAAUCAGAGCUGAAACGUGCCACACUCAAGAGUUUUUAAAAAGACGUGUGAGCCUCCCUAAGACAUGUUAUUACAAGUCUGAUCUUGUUACAGAAUUUAUAACUUGAUGUCCUCCCUGUGCCUUGCUAAGGGAACAUUACUAGGGUGCUAGAUUCACUGGUUAACUUGCAUGAAGAAACAACUUUAUCACUAACCAAGGAUUUUGCUUUCUAGAAUGUAUCCCGUGAGUGAAAUGAUCUUUUACUGUAUUUAAUUAAGACUGUAUUUGUAUUUGGAACUGUGCCUUUUCAUUUCAGCUGUACAGUAAGUGUUUUGGAUGAAAUGCAUGAAUGAUUUGCUGUAUAUUUUAUCAGUAUUAAAAGCUUUUUUUUU